CCAACAUCUAUUCGUCGUAGUUUCGAAUUAUUCUUGCGGGCAAAUUUCUCAUUUGUAAAAAGGUACUUUUACGAUUAUUUAAUCCCCUUCUGGAUUACCGUGCUCGUAUUCGUUUCGCUUUCGACUGAAUCAUCGUUUUCUUUCCUUAGUAUUUUUUUCGGCUUGUUUUGUUUUUCUUUUCUUUAAAAUAUAGAAAUUGGACUUGCAAGCUCUGUUUAGAAACGAUUACUAGUUGUUACGAAUUGCUUAUUAUCGAUUUCGUAAAGAAACGAUUAGGAUUACCCCUUCGAAGUGUGAGAUUGAAGGUUGAAAUUUGAAAAUACUCUUUUUUUUUAAUUAAGAAAAAAGUGUUUCGUCAAAUUUCAUGCAAAAUUGAUUGCUUUUCUUGCUGUCAUUCGUCUUGUUUGAAUUCUCAAUUCGCCCUGAUCCACUUUUUGGCUAAUCCAUUACGUGUAUAAAUUUUUUGUGUUCUCUUAAAAAGUUCAAAAAGGUUUAUUGAUUGCCUUUUUUAUUUUAUUUGUUUAAUUUUUUUAUUUACUUUUAUUUUCUGUUGUUCGAAAAAAAAAAAAAAAACAAAAAUUAAAGAAAAAAUCAUCUAGCUUGCCAUUCGUCUAGCUACUGAUUUUAAAAAAGGAUUUCACGACUUAUUUAUUCCGUUUUUCGUUUGUUUUUCUCUUCUUUUCUUUGUCUUUGUUUUCUUACAAACCCAACCCUUCUACCAAUCUCCGAUUUUUUUCAAUAUGGGUAGAAAUUUAGUCUGUUCGAUCUUCCUUCCCUACACUAUAAACUUUCAUUUAGAUGAACUUGAGAAUAAAGGUCCCGAAAAUCUUCCUGCUUCAUACGAGGCUUCCAGAAACAGGAGAAAUUCCGUUCUUAUAGAUAAUGCACUCUCCCAUCUUGCGAUUUCACAAAAAGAUAAUUCCCCAGGUACUCCUGUGUUGACCCCUCAACCCGAAAAUACCUCCGAUUACUUUGGUACCGCCGCAGUUCGACGAGGUGGUAAUACUGGAUCCGGUACCGGUAGUGGUAUAAAGACCCCAAAAACCUCAAACAUUGGUACUAAGACACCAUUACCUGCUUCUGGUCGUUCUUCCCCUGUUUAUACCCAACCCCGGUCUCGUGCCGCUUCACCGCCCUCCUUCACCCAACCGGAUGAUCGAUUCGGUGCCCCCGGUAUAGGCGCAAAAAAAAAUCUUAUUAGGAAACGCCGUGACUCACUAAUUAAGGAUGUUGCAUUGUUUGAGUCUGCACGUUGGACAGUAGAGCGUGGAAUCAAUGGUAACAAUGGUCUAUUCAGUGCCGUGGGCGCCGCUGUGCGUGAUAAAAAGAUUACCAACCAAUUAUGGGUUGGUCUCUUGGGUAUGCCCACGGAAAGCCUUUCCAAAAAAACAAAGGACGCCAUUUCUGCGGCCUUGUUAGUAAAACAUCAAUCUCUCGCUGUAUAUACAUCCGAUUCCGAAUUUGAGGGCCAUUAUAACCACUACUGUCGAAAGAUUUUAUGGCCUUCUUUGCAUUAUCAACACAAUGAAAUUUUCUCUUUCUUCCACGAGGAGAACAAUUGGGAUGCUUAUGUGAGCGUGAAUCAAGCUUUCGCUGACAAAAUUAUUGAAACUUACCGUUCAGGAGAUACUAUUUGGGUCAACGAUUAUCAUCUUCUUCUUGUACCUGGAAUGGUAAGAAAAAAAUUACCUAAUGCAGCGAUUGGUUUGUUCGUUCACGUUUCUUUUCCUUCUUCUGAAGUCUUCCGCUGCUUUGCUCGUAGAAAUGAGCUGUUGCUUGGUAUGCUCGGGGCCAAUCUCAUCGGUUUCCAAACAGAGGAAUAUAAGCGUCAUUUCCUUCAAUCUUGCUCACGCGUUUUGUAUGCUGAAGCAACGUUUGGUCGUAUCCUUCUAGAGGAUCGCUAUAUUGACGUUUACUCCCAUCCCGUUAGCGCCGAUCCCGAGUCAGUCCAAGCCAAUUUGGAUAGUGAAGAAACAAUCGAAACGAUUGAAGUACUCAAAAAGAGAUAUGAGAACUUGAAUGUUUUUGUAGGUUGUGAUAAAUUGGAUCCUAUCAGAGGUAUACGAGAAAAGCUUUUGGCUUUUGAGCAAUUUUUGUAUGAUAACCCUUCCUAUCAAAAAAAUACCAUCUUACUACAAACUUCGGCGUUUACUGACGAAGCUCGACAGUAUGGUGUAGAAGUUUCGGAUAUCGUGACCAGGAUCAAUUCAACCUUUGGUGAUUUUUCUUUGGAUCAUCUUCCUGUCACUUUUCUCUCUAGAGAUUUAUCCUACGCUCAGUACCUGGCUGUAUUAUCUAUAGCUGAUGGUUUCAUUGUCACUUCGUUGCGUGAAGGAAUGAGUCUUACUUGUCAUGAGUUUAUUCUUACACAGCAAGAGAAAAAGUCUCCUUUAAUUGUUAGCGAAUUUAUUGGAUGCUCUGCAUUUUUCCGUGAAGGUGCACUAAUAGUAAACCCAUGGAGUACUCUGGAAAUGAGCCAUGCAAUGCGAAAGGCUCUAGAAAUGGAUGAUGCAAGCAAAAAGAAACGCUACGAUCUUUGCAUCAAUGUUAUUCGUAACCACACUGCUUCCACAUGGGCUGCCGAAUUUGAAAAUAGAUUGAAAAAGUCAUGGACAUCUCAACAAAGACAUGAUCUUUCCCAUAUUCCGAAAUUUACCCUAAACUUUGUUGGUAGUCGUUAUGCUAGUGCGAAAAAGCGUCUUAUGUUUUUAAACUUUGAUGGACAAGCUGUCUCAUGGGAAGGACGUCACGAGUUUAUGGAUUACCAUUAUGGAUAUAUAAUCAACAUCUUAACACGGUUGGUGAAUGACCCAAAAAAUGUCAUUUAUAUAUGUAGCUGUUUAGACCGAGACGAACUAGAUUCCCUGUUUGUAAAUCUUCCUGGAUUGGGGUUGAUCGCCGAGAAUGGAUGUUAUGUGAAGCCCCACACGGCAGGAGAUGAUAAUUUACAAGGUUGGAUUCGCCUGUUUAAGAAGGAUGAAAUGACUUGGCGCGAUUCCAUGCACGAUAUUAUUGAGUAUUACGCUGAAAGAAACCAGGGCUCCAGUUUGAUUGACCAUGGAUAUGCAAUGGAAUUUAAUUAUGUCAAAGCGGAAAACAAAGAGAAUGGAAUGAGAAAUGCUCUUGAAUUAUGUAGUAGUGUUAAUGAAACUGGAAAUACUUGCAAGGCCAUUCCUAUGGAAGGACAUGUUCUGAUUGAACCGAAGAACAUUUCAAAGGCAACAGCAGCUAAUUAUACCUUGAACAAAAUACUACAUAAUCCUGAAGAUUUGGACCUGGUUUUGGUAGCUGGAAACAACCGUACCGAUGAAGGUACCUUUGUUUGGGCAAAUAGAUUACCAAUCUUUUCGUUUACGGUCUCUAUGAGAUUGGAAAAUACCGAUGCACAUUCUUAUACUGAUGGGGUUCCCAGUUUUUUCAAUGUUUUAAACUCAUUAUGUGAGUAAUGAGCAAUAAGCAAAAGCCGUUAUGAAGACCUUGAUAUUUCUGAUUCCUGCGUUUGUUAUGUUAGUAUGAUUUCUAUAAUGUCUAUAGAGAUACGUAUGUUAAGUAAAAAAAAUUGCUACGAUGACUUGUCGAUGACUUAUGAAUAGCUGUUUUAAUAAACAAUACAUCGUAUUCCUUUUAUACACAAAUAUGUUACAUUCUCUUAACGAAAUGAAUCCACAGUAGUAGUAACUCAAACAAUCCA